AAGAAAAAAAAGUCCACAUGUGUUCGGACGUACGUAAAUAAGGCAGUGUCGGAGAAGUGGAUACUAGACGUUGUUAGUGGUAUUAUACGUAUACAGACACAGACUGACAUAGAAGCCUGGAAUAAAGUGACCAAAUGAUAUUCGUUGGACAUUUAGAAAACAACUCUCCAGGAAACAACUGCUCCAGGAAACAACUCUUCUCCAGGAAACAACUGCUCCAGGAAACAACUAUUCUCCAGGAAACAACUGCUCUCCAGGAAACAUCUUCUUUCCAGGAAACAACUCCUCUCCAGGAAGCAACUCUCCAGGAAACAACUACUCUCCAGCAAACAACUACUGUACAGGAAACAACUGCUAUCCAGGAAACAACUGUCCAAGUAACAACUGUCAAGGAAACAACUAAUCUUCAAGAAAAAAAACUCUCCUACAAACAACUACUCUCCAAGAAAUACUCUCCAGGAAACAACAACUCUCCAGGAAACAACUGUCCAGGAAACAACUAUAAUCUUCAAGAAACAACUCUCCAGGAAACAACUGCUCUCCAGGAAAAACUCUCCAGGAAACUAAUCUCCAGGAAACAACUACUGUCCAGGAAACAACUGUUCUCCAGGAAACAGCUGCUCUCCAGGAAACAUCUGUCCUAGUAACAGCUGUCCAGGAAACAAAUAUAAUCUUCAAGAAACAACUCUCCUAGAAACAACUACUCUCCAGGAAACAACUGUCCAGGUAACAACUAAUCUUCAAGAAACAACUCUCCAAGAAACAACUACUCUCCAGGAAACAAUUACUCUCCAGAAAAAACUCUCCAGGAAACAAUUACUCUCCAUGAAACAACAGUCCAGGUAACAACUGUCCAGGAAACAAUUAAUCUUCAAGAAGCAACUACUCUCCUGGAAACAACUACUCUACAGGAAAAACACUCCAGGAACCAACUAAUCUUCAAGAAACAACUCUCGUAAAACAGAAGAUUCAGUUCUAGAAUAAUCAGACUUAAAAAAAAACCUGUUGCUAAAUUAUUUAAUACAUAGAAAUUUAAGCUUAAAUCUCUAAAAAUAAGAAAUCCAUUUUUUUUUAACAUUUUAAUUCAUAGGAGAUAAAUGUUAUGAGAAUUUUAAA